AUGCUGGAUCUGUACACUGUUCUGCUUGGACUUCUGAUCCUCUUGCCCCUCUUGGGAAACCUUUUCUUCCCCUACGUUUGGCUGGACCUGGAGCUGUUCUUCCGCACCUUAUACCAGGGAUACAAGUGGGAGAGGCGCCUCCAGCGCAAGCCACCCUUCACCAUGGUGGACAUGUUUUUAGCCCAAGUCCAGAAACACCCUCAAAAGCCCCUGAUUCUCUUUGGGGAUGAGGUCUAUACCUACCGAGACAUCGACCGGCUCAGCAACCAGGUGGCCCGAGUCUUUCGGGGCCCGGUGGGGCUGAAAGGAGGGGAAUCGGUGGCAGUUUUCAUGAUGAACAGCCCUGCCUAUGUCUGGGUCUGGCUGGGCCUGGCAAAGAUCGGCUGUGGCAUAGCGUGUAUCAACUAUAAUGUCCGAUCCAAGGUUCUGUUGCAUGCCCUCAGCUCCUGUGACUCCAAGGUGCUCCUGACAACUCCAGACUUCAAAACGGCCAUUAUGGAUGUCCUGCCCAGCCUCAGGAAGGAAGGGGUACAGGUUUUCUAUCUGAGCGACGACUCCCCCACUGAGGGCGUGGAAGCCUUGCUGGGACAGAUAAAAUCCAGCUCCGCUGAGCCCGUGCCGCUUUCCUUCCGAGAGGGCGACACCUCCAAAUCUGCAGCCAUGUAUAUUUUCACCUCUGGUACCACAGGGCUUCCCAAAGCUGCCAUCAUCAACCACAGAAGGCUGGUGCGUAUGUCCAGCGUCUUUCACCUGUGUGGGAUCUCUUCCAAGGACAUUGUCUACACCGCACUCCCGUUGUACCACACAGCCGGGCUUCUCGUUGGGAUCGGAGGGUGCUUGGAGGUUGGCUGCACGUGUGUUUUGAAGUCCAAGUUCUCUGUUUCCCAGUUCUGGGAUGACUGCAGGCAAUACCGUGUCUCUGUGAUCCAGUACGUGGGAGAAAUAAUGCGCUACCUGUGUCAUGCACCAGAGAAGCCGAACGACCGUGAGCAUGGUGUACAGAAAGCACUGGGCAAUGGCAUACGGGUGGAGGUCUGGAAGGAGUUCCUACGCCGAUUUGGACCCGUCCAGAUCUGUGAGGUCUAUGGAGCCACAGAGGCAAACGUUGGAUUCAUUAAUUACACAGGGAAAGUUGGAGCCGUGGGAAGGGACAACUUCUUAAUCAAGAAAAUCACUCCUUUUGAACUUGUUCAGUAUGACCCUGACACAGGUGAGCCUGUGAGGGACGAGAAAGGCUACUGCAUCCCCGUAGCCCCAGGUGAGACGGGUUUGCUGGUGGGCAAGAUUACAAACACCAACCAAUUUGUUGGCUACGCGGGGGACCUCCAGAAGACAGAGAAGAAGAUUCUCCGGGAUGUCCGGAAGAAAGGGGACUGUUAUUUCAACAGUGGAGACCUCCUGAUGAUAGACCGUGAAGGCUUUGUGUAUUUCCAGGAUCGGGUGGGAGAUACUUUUCGCUGGAAAGGGGAAAACGUAGCCACUACAGAGGUUGAGAAAAUCCUGAUAACACUGAAGUUUAUUCAAGAAGUCAACGUAUAUGGUGUGCCGGUGCCAGGCCAUGAAGGAAAGAUCGGAAUGGCAGCAAUCCAGCUAAAGGAGGGGCUGCCUUUUGAUGAAGAGGAGAUGUACAGACAUGCCAAGGAUUACCUGCCAAACUACGCCAUCCCACACUUCAUCCGCAUCCAGAAAGCCCUGGAGAUCACAGGAACUUUCAAACACGUCAAAGGCCAACUAGUAAAGGAAGGGUUCGAUCCUGCAGCCAUUCGUGACCCCCUCUUCUUCCUGGAUGUGGCCGAGAAACACUACGUGCCUAUGACUCAGGAGAUCUAUAACUCCAUCGCAGAGAAGAGGCGGAGGUUGUGA